AUGGAUGUGACUGGCGCUGCCAAGACGACGGCGAAAACGGAGAGCACCCUCCGCAUCGCUACUCAGAAGCAGAAGCAGAAGCGCGGCGGGCGAGGCCGCCCAGGCCAUCGUCGACGAUCUCAAGAAGCUCAAGUUGGGCUUGAGAUGACUACGGUGCUGCAGACCUCCGCCGAGGACGGUCUCAGGAAGAGCAACAACAAGGCGCUGGACAACCUGUUGCUGCGCAAGAUGAUCGUGGUGCCAAGCUCCGAGAUCUGCGGCGGCAGCGGCAACCACAAGAAGUCGGCGGUGCUCAGCAUCCAGACGGCGGUCAUGGACUCAGACACUCUGGACCGACUGCUGGCGGGCAUGUCACUGCUCGAGAUCCUGGUAAACGACAACUACAGCACGUUCCAGGAAGACGUGGCGCGAGAUGUCAAGCCGUACAAGGUGAACCUGAUCUACCCCGCGACGGAGCAGCAUCUGCGCAAGCACACGGACCGUGCUAGUGGAGACCAAGGAGGUGUAAUGGGCCUACCUUGGCUCACUACUACGGCUUACACGUAUGCGCACGUGUAUGAGGAAGCGUAG